AUGGCACCCUCCGCUGUCGAAAUCCCUCUUCCCAUUCCCAAGGCUUUCUCAACCCCGACAAGCACAUCCCAGCCGACCCAGAAUGAAGACCUGAAAUCCCCUUCUUCACCACUGCCUGAGGUCAAGACUUUCCACGCAUCCACCUGCAAAGUGGAUGAACUGGUGUCUGCCCUUCGAGUGGCUGGCGGCGUCGUUCUUCGUGGCCUGUUGAACGAGGAGGAAUUGGCAAGUCUCGAGAAGGACACACGACCUUGGUUGGACAAGGAUACCGAAUGGGGUGAUGGAGACUUCUUCCCCAAGGAAACCCGCCGAGCUUUUGGCAUGGUGAGCAAGUCAAGAACUUUUGCCGAACGCAUCGUUGCCAACCCGCUCUGGCUUGGUGUGACAGAUGCGUUGUUGACCAGCACUUUGAAAUGGAACUGGAUUGGCGACAAGAAUGAGCCCUCUGUUUCUCGCCCUCAGUUGAACAAUACCAUUGUCUUUAGCAUUGGUCCCGGGGCUCGUGACCAAGCGCUACACCGUGACGAUGCAAUCCAUCAUGUCUACCAUCCAGCAGCUGCAACUCACGAGAUCGGCCGCGAUGCAGGCAUCGGCUUCUUCGUUGCAGGGAAAAAGACCACCAAGCGCAACGGCGCUACGCGCUUCAUACCAGGUUCUCACCUCUGGGACUAUACGGCUGGACCACCAAGCGAGUCACAAACGUUCUAUGCGGAGCUUGAACCCGGCGACGGGUUCAUGGUACUGAGUGGAUGUUUCCACGGUGGCAGCGCGAACAAGACGGAUCAACCCAACGAAAACGGCGAGGUCGUGCCUGAAGAGCGCCUUGUGUACAGCACGUUCAUGACAAGGGGGUAUUUGAGGCAAGAAGAGAACCAAUAUCUUGUGAAUCCGGUAGAGAAGGUUCGUGAAUUGCCGGAAUCUCUCCAAGAGCUCGUUGGAUAUGGUCUUUCAAAGCCGUUCUUGGGUUGGGUGGAUCUCAAGGACCCGAUGUUGUGGUUGCAUCCUGAGAGGCCGAAGAAGUCAGGAGAUUUGUUUUAG